AAAUUUGUUUGGAUUGCUACAGUACUGCACAUGGGAAGCUAAUAGAAGGCUCAAGACUACCAGACUUGAUGAUCUAGAGGCCUACAAAUUCACUGAUGCCUGUUCAAGUGUAACCUACAUAAAAAUUGUCAAGCAGGAGAUUGACCUUCUGCAUAGGAGAGAUACCACUUUUAGGUAGGAGAAAAAUAUCUAAUCAAGGGCACAUUUUUGUUGUUGUUAUAAUCUUGAAAAAUGGAUAAGUUAAGUCUGAUUUAAGAAACCCCUGUAGGAAGCCUUCAUAUGCCCAAUGUUACAGUCCUGAAAAUAGCUCAAGUCUCCCAGGUCUGGUUAUACUCUGAAAAGUGACUCUACAAUGGCAAGAGGUGCCCUGUUUGCUGUAUCUCAAUUAUUUCUUAUCAAAUGCUCUUUGGUUACCACCCUAAAAAGAAUAUAUAUUCUAAUUUCCAGCCCUCCAAAUUCUACCUGGGAUUUGAGAUUCAACCUAGGUUCUUUACCUUUUUGUAUAUUACCACCAUUACCGAAGGUUCUAUGGGCUUCAUUUAUGCCUUCAAUUGGGUUGCACAGGUAUAGCUGAGUGGUAAAUAAACAAUUCUAUUGACAACACACAGGAAGGAAUGGAAUCCAGCUUUUAGCUAUAUUAACACUGCAGGAUUAAUUGGGGAGGAGACAGUAAAAAAUUAUGAAUCACAAAAGUAGGCAGCUGUGACUCUCUAACUACUCCCAAGGCGCAGAUCUGCUGAGUAAAGUACCAUUUUUACAAAGUUACUUUUCAAAAUAGGACCUUUUGGUCCUUUCAUUAAACAAAACUACAUAAGUUUUUUCUUCUUCUUGAGAUUAGAGUGUUUAGAAUACACAGCAGCACAAAGAAGUGUGAAUAAAAAAGGGAAUAGUUUGCAUAACAGGGAAACCACAGUGUAUGUAAAAUAAUGUGAUUUCUGAUUAGACCUUUCUGAAUGUCCUUCAUCACAAAGGUGCAGAAUGUGCUAUCUGGCAGCCUAUAUUUAGAUAAACCCGAUUUUAAGUGUAGAACACUCAGCAUAGAUCUGUGACGGAUCAGUCAUAAACAUGAAGCAGAUAUUUUUUCCUCCUUGCAUGAGAGACUACCAUUAAGAGUGAAAGCAAACCUUUUAUUAAGUACAAGUAGAUAACUAUACACAACAAAAUAUUUUGCAAUAGAGCUCAGCAUAACUAGUUACAGUUGUUACAAGUAUGAUAUAAUGAAGAAGCAUGAGUUUUGAGUAGACUAUAAUUUUUAUUGUGACACUAUAGGCCCCAGCUGGGAUUGAGGUAUGUGUGAAGAUCGUACCUGCCCCAAAGAGUGUUCAGUCUAAACAUAUGAGGACCCAGGCAACAAGUGGAGAAAAAACAAAUGAAGCUAGAGGAUAGGGUAUUGGAGAAACUACCAUAUUUGGUAAUGCACUUCCUGAAACUCUUAACAGGCAGACCUAGCUUCCAGUAUUUGGUAUAUUGUAUCUUAAUGACCCUUUCUGUUUGAUUUUAUUUAGAGCUAUGUUAAUUUAUAUAUGCACCUUAAUUAUUGAAUAGCCAUAUAGAGAUAUCCAUACAGAUAGUUAUUUUUAGUUCCUUUGGCCUCCCAGAAUUCUCAAGGUUCAUAUUAACUGCGAACUUAUUCAGAUAAGUUUAAAUGGAACCAAUACUAGGUGUUAAACAAUAUUUGUAUAGGAGAUUUCUAACCUGCACCAUGAUAAUAAAGGCACCAAGAAUGUAGCACUACAGCAUACUAUAUCCUACUAUCGUUGAAUUUAUACAACAGAUCCACAGUUUUCAUUGGACAUAUUUAACUCAUUCAGUAAAGGUCUGUACAGCUUAAAGAAUGGAAAGGCUCUGUCAGGAUUCUGGCUUGCAAAGAACACAACAGAAAACAAUUGCGUGCAUGGUCUGUGUAAGGGGCACUCAAACAAAGCAGCAAAAGCACAAUUUACACACCUUUUUAAGGUAAAGUAAUUCUAUAAAUAAUUCAGGUUUGUAUCACAGAAUGAGGGCCUGAUCUUGAGAGGUACUGAGUACCUGCAGCUCCCACUGAAACCAUUCUCAGAUUGGACCCUACCUAACCAUAGGAAAUAAUCUUUACAGCUGCUUAGGAACCUUUUGUGUUUUAAAGUCUAAAUAUUUACCAUGUUUCUGAGUGUUUAAACUGAAUGCAGGGACUUAUGUUGGAAAAACGUUAAUGGCCUAAUACUGUUCCCACUUCCUUCCGUGGAUGUCUUGCCCAUACUCCCCAAUGGGUGGGUGUAAAAUGAGACUCCAGGCCCCUUAAUGUAAGGAUGGAUUCUGCACGGUGUAGAUCGCCCUCGCCUGCCCUUGAAGCCACAGGAGUUGAUAGCUCGGCCCCCUUGAACCACACACUAAUUCAGAUGACACUAUAGUGACAGAGUGAAAUAAACGCUGGAAGUGUAAGCGAUACAUUAUUGCGUUCACUAUAGGCCCGUCAAAAGCUGAAAUUGAGAAAUAGCGCCAUCUGCAGGAAUUUUUCUUAACACAUUUUUUUAACCUUGUAACAAAGGCUGUCUUCACUACCAUUGUUUGUCCGGGGUUUUUCCUCUCUGCCCUACUGAAUCAAAAUAAAUAGACGGCUGCACCCUUGUGAACCUUUCUUUUUUAAAUCACUUUGAUUCAACUCGGAUUUAUUUUACAUUUAUUUUAAAUUAUAAAAUAACGUUCCUGACUAAUCUACAUUGGGGCCCACAAAUUUGUGUUUGCCACCUAGAUAAACCGCUGUUCCCUAAUUUGGUUUUGACAAAGCCUCUGCCCGGUUAAAAAGUUCAGAUUCCUUGCUGUAGCACAUAAAUACUCCUCUUGUUGAUGAAGGGGGGUUGCCUUCGCUACGUGUAAUACCGGCAGCAGGGUGUUAUGUUUUGCAUGAAACUGCAGGAUUAAAAGAAUCUAAGCAAAUGUGGUGUGUUAUUGAACCACUCUUUAGGAGAAGGGUGUAAAAUGAUCUUUAAGGCAUAAGAGCACCUAACAUUCAAAUCGAAGUUCCAUAUCUAUCCGCCUUGAUAAAGAACUGAUUUCAAACCCCAAACCUUUUCUCUGCCAAGAAACAGAUCUGUUUCCACUGGAGCUCUUCCCAGGUAAAUGUGCCCAGGUUUUGGGGAGUCGGGUUAAAAAGGGGGCUAAGGGAGAGAAAGAACCAUGUUUUUGCUGGUUUUGCAUUGACUUUAAGGCUCUGUGUGCUUUUCUAAGGCACCUCUGUGAGAGAGAGCUCAGCGUAUGCCACUGGUCCCCUUCCCUCUCCCGUCACUCAACUGUCCCCUUUCCUCCCACUCUUACUCUAGCAGCAGCCUGAAAUAAUAAUGAUCCUGAUGGAUCCUUGCCUUCCAGCUUCGCUCCCAAUAGUUAGUUGAAUUGUUUGAGUGGAUCUUAACGCUGAGGCAAAAAAACCUUGCAGGUAGUUUGCAUGUACGUACAAAACCCUCUAAGGGAGAGGCGUGAGGUAUAAUCGUCGCCUGCCCUUCGAAGUGCUAAUUCACAGAAAGCACCGGAAACGACUUCCCUUGCCCUUACAGGAUUGCUGUCCGAGGUGCUGAAACCAGCGCUGGUGUUUGGACAGCUAAAUGAGUGAACGCAACGUUCUUACUAUAAAGCCUAUGCAGGAAUGUUCUGCUGUCUAUUAGGUUGCCAUUUUUCUCGCUUUACCUUUUCGGCUGGAAACAUGGUGCCUGCUGAACGUGGACUAAAAAUACAGUUUGGUCCGUUUGCCUUGCAAUUCUAAGCAGCACUUUUCAGAACCCAGCCUGAGGGACGUUCGUGCCAUUUAAUGAUUUAUUGUUUCAGUCGCUGAAACAACUCUGUCUUCAGCUUGCCACUGAAAGCACUUUGGGUUCUAAUAGUUUGACUUCUUCCCACUAACAAGUCUGCGUUUUUCUUGAGAGUAGGUGUAUAGAUAUUCUAUUUUACGCGAAGACACAGCUUGAAAAGUUUCGCGAUGUAGAAGAGCAAAUGCACCCAUUUCUAUAUUUUGUAUUAAUUUCCUAUAAGAAAAUAUAUUUAUUUACAAUUAUAUAGACAAUUAACUAUAAUGACAUUAUUCUGUCUCAUUUUCUGUAAUGAGCAAACGUUCUGUCUCAUUAGUUGAAACAUCAUUUGAAUAGUUUUCCCGAGAAUAGCUGGAGCUAUUAGAUCCUUUCAAAGUGUAUUUAAAAGAUGUUUUUUGGUUCCGAAUAUUUUAGUUGUGUGUUCAUUUCCUAGGCAGCGCGUCUUCACUGCAGAGCGAUCGUUCUGGGCAUUUGCUGCUGUCAUUCGGCAGUUUUGCUCUCCAAAUCGGAGAUUUUAAGGUGUUUUUUUUCCUUCUUCCAACCACCAAGUCCUUCAGAAAGGAUUCGUCUGAACCUUUUAUGCUGCCAACAUUUCUGACUGACGAACACUCAUUUGACCUCCAUAAGACGUUUCUUUUUCAUCUUCCUGCAAAUCAUGUACCUGUCUUCUUUAGACAUUCGUAUCUAGUCAUACGUCUAGUUACUUCAACAAUUUGUAACCUACCGCUACAAUCCUCAUUGGAAAUUGCUAGCAAAUUGCUAGGAAAACAUCUCCUUUAAAAUGUGAUGCUCUUCUUAGCCUUUUAGAGGCUAAAAACAAAACAUUUUCUGAAUUGAUCUAUUUUUAGCAAAAGGAUGUAGGUGGUAAGUCCUGGAUCUAAUGAAAACAUUUAAACUAAGUCAUAAAAAAAACAGGUGUUCCUUGUAGCCAUGGUAAAGACCAAAAGAUUCAUCCAUCUGGAUCUUUGACGCCCUCUGGUGGAGACUCAGAAAAAUAAUUACUCCUCGCUCGGGGGGUUCGUAAAGAGAAAAAAAUGAAUGAGGUAUAAAAUUCUGAUCAUAGUGAAGAGAGGGGGGUAUUUUUGCUAAGCACCACUAAUGAAGACACGGUUUGAAAUGAUUCAUGAGAGAGCAUGUGUUAUAUGGUAGCACAGUGUGAUAUGAGUUAGAACAAAAGAGACUGAAAGGAAGAUAAAGUUGAGAUCAAAUAGCUUUCUUUUAAAGAGAUGGGUUUUUUUAAAAUUGGCUGUUUGUUGGCAGUCACGACUGCUUUGUGUUUAUAUAAUGAACGUUUCUGGUGUGUUUGAAAUAAUCCUCUCCGGCUCGGAAAGAACUCAAUCGAUAUUUUUAAAAGAUGUACAUCCCCGAGCGGAAGUGUCUUUCCUACUAACCCCCUACCCCUCUCUGAAAACGGAGCGUGUUGAGUACGUACGGUAUUACUCAUAGGUUCAGCCUUUCUGGGUGCAGCUUCGUGAUCUGGAUUCACAAGCGAGCUAUAAAGCCCCGAGGCGACCAAAACACCUGCAAAUAAGUCACGUUAGGAUCGGAAGGCAACACUUGGCCGCGUGAUUUCCAACCCAGCAAACUGACCUGGUCGAUCCCCCCGACUCGCCUGCCUGCCUUCCAUAUUGGAGCAGAGGAGGUGGUGGCAGCGGUGUGACUCAUGUCUGCGUCGAAGCAGACCAACCGGCGAUUCACGCUUUAAAAAAGCAAAUCCAAGUCCUUGUGGCAAAAGGUCAUCUCGAAUUAAAUGCCGAGGCGCGAUUGGCAUUCCGACGUCGUUUCUGGCGAAGUUUAUAAGCUGCGUCUCCCGGCCACGGUUAGAAUUCCCCCGGCUUUUUGGACACUUGGAGUAAGCGUGGGUUCGCUAGCUCUCCUCCGCGUAAAUUCUUUACUGUCCACCCACCAGAGAAAUAUUGAAGGCAAAUACGGGACCAAAGGACUUUGACUUUCUGAAGUGAUGGCAUCCUCUGCUCCAUCCUCCUCCAACGCCAAUCAGGACUCCAACCCCAUUAAUUUACGACCCACAACUUACGACACUUGGUGUGAUGUGGCUCAUGGAUGUACCAGAAAAAUUGGUCUCAAAAUAUGUGGGUUCUUGCAAAGGAACAACAGCCUGGAAGAUAAAAGCCGGAUUGUAAACUCUCUCAAAGAAAGGCAAUCUUCCAAGAACCUGCUGGCUUGUGAGAACAGCGAGAGGGAAGCCAGGUUCAGGCGGGCCGAGACAGACUUCUCCAAUUUAUUUGCUAGAGAUUUGCUGCCUGCCAAGAAUGGCGAGGAGCAGACCAUGCAGUUCCUGCUGGAGGUGGUUGACAUUCUCCUGAACUACGUGAGGAAGACGUUCGACAGGUCCACCAAAGUCCUGGACUUCCAUCACCCGCACCAGCUGCUGGAAGGGAUGGAGGGCUUCAACCUGGAGCUCUCGGACAACCCCGAAUCCCUUGAGCAGAUCCUGGUGGACUGCAGGGACACGCUGAAGUACGGAGUCAGGACAGGUCAUCCUCGUUUUUUCAACCAGCUCUCCACUGGACUGGAUAUUAUUGGCUUGGCUGGUGAAUGGCUGACAUCAACUGCAAAUACUAACAUGUUUACAUAUGAAAUUGCACCUGUUUUUGUCCUCAUGGAGCAAAUAACGCUUCGAAAGAUGAGAGAGAUUAUUGGAUGGUCAAAUAAAGAUGGUGAUGGAAUAUUCUCACCUGGAGGGGCUAUAUCCAAUAUGUACAGUAUAAUGGCUGCUCGCUACAAGUAUUUCCCUGAAAUCAAAACUAAAGGCAUGGCUGCAGUUCCUAAACUGGUUCUCUUCACUUCAGAACAGAGUCACUACUCAAUAAAGAAAGCUGGGGCUGCACUUGGGUUUGGAACAGAAAAUGUGAUUUUGAUAAAAUGCAAUGAAAGAGGGAAAAUAAUACCAGCUGAUUUGGAAGCCAGAAUUCUGGAAGCUAAGCAAAAGGGACAUGUUCCACUUUAUGUAAAUGCAACCGCAGGCACAACAGUGUACGGGGCCUUUGAUCCAAUAGACGAGAUCGCAGACAUUUGUGAAAAAUAUAACCUCUGGCUCCAUGUAGAUGCUGCUUGGGGAGGUGGACUUCUAAUGUCCAGGAAGCAUCGUCAUAAGCUGAAUGGAGUAGAAAGAGCCAAUUCGGUCACAUGGAAUCCACACAAGAUGAUGGGAGUUUUGUUACAAUGUUCGGCCAUUCUGAUUCGGGAAAAGGGUAUACUUCAAGGUUGCAAUCAGAUGUGUGCAGGAUAUCUGUUCCAGCAAGAUAAACAAUAUGACAUAUCCUAUGACACUGGAGAUAAAGCAAUACAAUGUGGUCGUCAUGUGGACAUUUUCAAAUUCUGGUUGAUGUGGAAAGCUAAGGGUACAGUAGGAUUUGAAAAUCAAAUCAACAAAUGUCUGGAAUUGUCAGAGUACCUCUAUACUAAAAUUAAAAACAGGGAAGAAUAUGAGAUGGUUUUUGAUGGAGAGCCUGAACACACAAAUGUAUGUUUCUGGUACAUUCCUCAGAGUCUCAGGGGCAUACCAGAUUCUGAGGAGAGAAGAGAAAAGCUAAAUAGGGUGGCACCGAAAAUCAAAGCUCUGAUGAUGGAGUCAGGUACCACAAUGGUUGGAUAUCAGCCUCUGGGAGAUAAAGUCAACUUCUUCCGAAUGGUUGUCUCAAACCCAGCGGCAACUAAGUCUGACAUUGACUUCCUCAUUGAAGAAAUAGAAAGAUUGGGGCAGGAUCUGUAAUACUCUUGGCAAACUAUUUAUUCCUCUAGUCCACUGUUUUCCAGCACUGGCUUUUUUACCCAGUUCUGCAGAACACCCUUUAAGGAAAUUCCCUUUCUAAAUGUUUCACUCUCCUAAGACACUCUAACACAAAAAAAUCUGUAGGUUACUGCAGAGGUGCUGGAACAAUUCGUAUACUGGGGGUGCUGAGAGCCAUUGAACCAACUGUAAACCCAGUAUAUGAUGGAAACCACUUCAAGCCAGGGGGUGCAGUAGCCCACACACACACCCAGUACCCUUAGUUCCAACACCUGUGGGUUACUGAAAUAUAUAUGUAUUAGUAGGUCAUUUUAUUGAAGGAAAAUAUAUUAUCUUCAAGUGUACUAUGAUCCUUAUUUUAGUCUGUUUAUUAUAGUCAGCAGGAAACUAAUAAGUAUUAAAAUAGAGAAUUAAGAACUCUGCACAAUAUGUUUGUACAGUAUAUAUAUAUAAAUGGUAAUGAAUUUAGAGCUAAGCCACAGCAUGUUUUCCACUUUAAGAGAACUAACUUUUCUUUCAACAGUUAAUGAUGUGGACAAUGUGCGGCAGAUCUGUCUAACAAAUGCAAAUAGCUGUAAAGAAACAUUUUAAAAAAUGUAGCUUCUUAGGAGCUAAGGAAGAUGUUUAAUAGUAUUAAACCGUAUUGUUGGUGCUUCUCUCACAUACAAAAACAAUGGAUCGUGAAAGCACCCCCCCCGUAAGAUAGUUUUAUCUCCCCUUCAGUGUCAUAGCAGGGGAUAAUAGUAGCAGAGUCAUUGUACCAGGUAUAUUAUUGCUGUAUUUUCAGAGAUUAAUCUGUGUAGAUUGUGUAUAUUAUUGUUAAAUGACUUUGUGAAAAGGAAUUAAAUGUAAUAGUUCAAUUCUAGGUCUAUGAAAUAUUUGCUUAUUUAUAUGCAGAGAUUUACCAUGCUAAAGAGUUGUCUUGUAUUUUCUUCCAUUUGUAAUGUAUCCUAUUUAUAUAUUAUUGAAGUUCUAAAUGAUGUUUAUGGUAUUUUAGUGCAUUUGUGAGCCAAAGAGAUGAUAAAAAUAUUAGCUGACACUUUUUUAUUUAUAUAAUAGUGCCCUUAAAAUAACAACUUACAGUUAAUUUUACUGAUCAUUAGGAAUUCUAACAUUGUAUAUAGACUCUAGUAUAAUGAAAUCCCUUUACUUUAAUAGACUCUUCACUUUUAUUAAUUGUAAUGUCUGCCUGUAUGUCCAGUGUUCUGAAUGCUUUUCUAGUGAAUAUUGGAUAAUAAUCAAGGCCCAUGUACUUCUGUUGUAGUUCAGGUUCAAUCUCUGUGACUAGUUUAGCUAAAUUCUGGGGGAAGAUUCCUGAAGAAAAUCUGUACCAAAUCUGUGAGAUCGUUAACCAGGUUUAUUAAUGUUUUGUAGAAGGGGAAUUCACUAUGUAUUUUGGAGUUUACAGAGGAAAAGAAAAACUCACCACAGAAUGUUUAAAUACAGCUGGCUUGUCACCAUAGUUUUAACUGAUCAGACAUUUCAGAAUAUAGACACAAGAGUCAUCUGCAGCCCAUUCAGUUUUUAAUUAACUAGGUGACCAGUUCAACAAAGUAUAUGAUUUUGUACUGGCAGACCAGCAAAGUAGUGGAAUCAAAUAAAGGCUCAAUAGUCCUCUGGCUACAGAAUGACUAUUGUCAUGAUAACUGAAACCUGCUGAUUCAAAAUCUUUUCAAAAUAUGCUGCUAUGGCUAUUGUACAGGAAAGUCUGUAAUAAGCUACUUUUCUUUCCGAUCUGAAAUAAAAUUUAAUUGCAUUAGAAAUAUUCUAUUAAAGGAUUGUAAAGAGACACAUUUUGAUUUAAAACUACAGCAAUACUCUGUCCAAAAAGAUCCUAACACUUUGUGUUGCUUUUUCAUUUAUUUAGAGGGGGUUAAACACUCACUGCCUUGGUGCCCCACUUUAUGCCAUGUGAACGGGCUGCAGUAGCAUGAAGGGCCCCUAAAAGACUUGGCUGUAGCCAGAAGAGGAUUCCGUUAGUACAGGCAAUGCAGAAGACAGAUGUAAGGUUGGCUUAGUUGGCAUGCUGGAGGCAGGGCUGGAGAAGGGAAGAGUGUGUUGGGGCAGGGCCACAUCACACAGCACUAAGGAAAUUCCAGACAUCACUGCAGCUCAUAGGACAAUCCAGGGAGUCAGCCAUAACUUACACAGUCCCCUCUAGGUCUUUCCAGCCCCUGGAGCAACCCAGGACUGGGAAGGUGCAAAGGUGACCAUGGUCCCCUGGGGCUGCAAAUUCUAUGCUGUGCCUCAGCUGUGGUCUUUAGAGUAAAUACCAGUUGGAUAUUCAAAACACCAUGUCUAACCCCUCUCAUACAGCCAGGAAAGCCUGGGGCAUUUUGACAUUCUGUGAAUGGAAAAAUCGAGAAACCCAUUUCAAGAGUCUAACAUUGGUGGGCCCAAUCUAACUUCCAGGUCCAGAGGGUCUAAUUCUGAUGUAUAAGCACUCCAUGCUUAUUUUUGUCACCAGGACUCUUCCAAAAUUUAAGGAGAUGAGUUUUGGGUGGCUAGUCAUUCCCAAGCACUGUUUUCUCCUUCUUUUCCUAGAGACCCAGUAUACCUCUCUCCUCUCUUACACUCUGUAGAAGCUGCUUCUUGAACUUCAUUUUGUUAUGACCUUAUUGCUCAUUGGCAUCAAGUUCAGGGCUUGUUUCACUUUUGUGGCUCUCCUUUUGCCUCCUAACUAUAACAUACAGAAGAUGAUCCAUAUUAUCCACCUCAAAAUCUUACAACUAUGAAGCCACCCAGUAAUCCCACUAGCACAGUUGUCCUUCUAGUAGGCCCAUCUCCUUAGGGCAAUGUUUUUACUUCAUGCAGCUGGUGCAGAUAGUUCCAGUGGGCCAUGCUUCUACAGUCGUGAAUUUUGAUCUUCCAGAAUAAAUAUUCCUGACAUCUUCCCUUCUUUGAUACUAGCACCUUUGGUAUAAAAGUCAAUGAUAUAAGGUCUGAAUCCUGCUUCCAUGGAUAUUGUCAGCAUCAGUAUUGGUUCUGGCUUCAAUCUUUUAAAAUCAAAUGCCAUUCUCUCUAGAUGUAGGCCAUUUCUCAUUAAAAGGUUAGAGUUCUCCUACUCACAAGGCUGUUCUCGGGUGUUCAGAAACAAACUCUUCUCUUAGAAAUGAAAAGGCUAGAUUACUUUUUGAAGCAUAAGUUUAUGGAUGAGAUUUUCCCUCUCUGAAUAGUUCACUUUAUUCAAAGACUUGCUACAGAAGAUUACAGCAUCUCUCUACUUUUCACAGUGUAUGAAAAACAUUAUGGCCUAUGCUAGUCAUUGCCAAGACAUCUAACCAGCCUUGAAAGGGGAGUCUACUUCUUCCACACACAGCAGCAGCAGCAGCCUCUUGUGGUUUCUUUGACCAGUUUUUAGCUUAGAGUUUCUGACCCCCUUCAUGCCCUCACUCAGGGAGUUUCAGUGACAGUACCACUAGAGAGGUCAGAUGCAGGCUUCAUACUUUAUGCUCUAACUUUAAAAUCUUAACUUUCCGGCCCUAGUGUCCAGAUUAUCGCCACCUUACAACAAUAAUAUUUGAAGAACUCUAUAGGCUUUAGAAACAUAUGUGGAAGCUAAGUAAUAGGAUCCCCAUUUUGCAGACUGGAAAAGGACAAAGAUCAUGCAGCAAGUCCUGAAUGGUACUGGCUGGGAACAGAAUCUUAUUCUCCUGAGUAGUGUGCAAACUGUAAUUUGAUUACUACAAAUUGCUUCUCUUCCAUUUGGCACAGUUUCUUGCUUUUGCCAGAUCAGAACUACCAGACUGUUCUAGCUACUACCAAUGACAGUUUGCAUCUAGAAGUGACAUUUAAUAACGUAGAUCCUGCUGCCUAUCACAGAGUCAUGAAGUUUAUCUUCGAGGUGGUUCUCACAGCCAUGAGAGUUAAAUUUAUCUUCAUGUAUGAUGUAUGGGAUUUUUUUCUUUCUGGUACCACUGUAUCUUAGUUUUGUGGCAAAUGAUGCUCAAAACCAGUUUCUGGUAUCUCCUUGUGAUUGAUGUUGUCCAUUAGGAUAUUUAGCAGUAAUGACUUCCCAUCACCACCAGCACAGGGUCCUGGUUUACCUCAACUCAGACAGCUGAUUUAACAGAGCCUUAUUUAGGGGAUGGCCGUGGUCAUCAAUGAGACAAAGUCUCUAUAUUUCCCUUCCAGUAGUCAAUCUUCAUCUGAGUAAUAUUCUGUGGCUUCUCAAACAAAGACCUCUCUGCAACUCUCCUGUUCUUAAAUCCACACAGCAAUAUGUGGGGAAGAUCAGAAAGCGUGAAGCCAUGGACGAGGUGACUCAUUCCAAGAAAUACAAUUAUAGUUGAGCAACUCUAUUUUCCUGAUGUAACGAGUUGGUAAUUUACUCUGAGGUUGUGAUUUCUUCUUUAAAAUCUUACUGACAAGCGCUGUACUGUUAAGGUGGGUGAAUUCAAAGUACCUUGACAAAUGGCAAAUAGAGGGAAGAUGCAAACUAGAAAUUGUUGCUUCAGUGUUUACUAGCUGAUGUAUUAGAUUUGGAAAAGGAUAACCAAAGCAGCUGUUGAUUUUAGGUAGGAAAAGUUCCAGUUUCAGUUGUUAGAACCCCUUUUUGGAGAACACAGUAAGCUUCUACCAUUCGUGGCAGACAGACAGAACCAGGGUUCUCGAGAAUAGCCCAGAAUUUUAAAAUCAUCAUUUAUUCAGGGCACAACAUGUUUUUUGAAUGGUGACAAAUAAAAAGAGAUUUUUUUAAACAGAAUCUCUGUGUUUUGUGGC